AUGAACUGGCUGGCUAAAGAGGCUGGUGAGUUAUGUCGUCAUUUGCCGCAGGAAGAUAAAGACGGAUUUAAGGAAACAUCCAAGAAACAAGGAACUAAAGAUAAAGAAUUUCAACCGGGACAAAUAAAGAAUCCAUCAAAAAAGGAACAUUUAAAUGAUAUGAAUAAAAAGGUGAAUUCAAAAGGUGAAAGAAACGUAUCUUAUUCAAGUUCAAAUCAAUACAGAGGGCUGAUAAACAAAGCAAAUCAUUGCUGGAUGAACUGUCUAGUGCAAUGUCUAAAUGCUUCAAAUAUGAAAGAGUUUCUUUUCUCUCUUUGUAGCCCAACAAUACAUCCACUUAUUGAUGCUUUAGUAAAUACACUAAAGAAGCUUGACGGAAACAAUCAUCAACCGUACUACCCUGGCAAGCUAUACAAAUCAUAUAUUAAUGAGUUUGGUUAUGUUGAAGGGAAGGCAGUACGAUAUCCAUGAGAGUUUGACCUCGUUAUCUUCCGUAAGUCUAUCAGACAACAGCAAGAUUGCCAACCAUUUUUCAGGUUUACAUCAGUAUGAUAAAACUUGUCUAGAUUGCUACAAAAGAGAGAAUGUACAUGCUAAGAAAUUUUUCUCUUUUUUUAUUCCUUUGGAUGAAGAUAUAACAAACCUUGUAGAUAGUAUAUACGACAGCCUCACAGAUGUUGUAGAAAUGUUCUGCGAAAUAUGUAAUAAGCAGACACACCACUUCAGAAAUGGUUAUCUGUUAGAAUUACCAACGACCUUUAAAAGAUUCCAAAUAGAUGAAGAUCAAAGAGAGAAGAAUCACGCCAAAGUAUCUCUACCCAGGCACUUCAGCCUCAGUGCUGGCGAAAAUUAUCGAAGUUACAACUUGAUAUCAUGCGCAUUACAUUAUGGAAAACGUAUCGACUGUGGACAUUACACAGCUGUUGUAUUCGAUGAUAACAGUGUGUUGGAAAUUAACGACACGGUAAUUAAAGAUGUUUCGUCUUACUGGGAAAACUAUGUGGCAUCUACAGUUUAUGUAGCAUUCUAUUCAGUCAUAAAAGAAACAACAAACGACGGAAUGACGACAUUCAAAAAACAACAAGGAUGA